AUGGCGAGCGAGGGCAUUGGUCCCGUCCAAAUCGCCCGGCCUAUCGUCGACGCUGGCGACCCCUCCUCCCGGCCGCAGGUUCUCGUUCUGCUCCCAGUUGCCUCGCCGCCAUCAUGGAGGAGAAACGGCGCACCAGCGACGACCGCCCACAUUCUGAGCGAGCCGGGCAUCCUAGACCGUUGUGCCUUUGAGCGAUUCAGCGGGCCCGAGUGA